AUGGUGACGUUCGGCCAUAGUAGGGUCACCAAUGAGCUUCCUGUAUCGACCUACAGGCAUCUCCCUGACGCGGGAUACAUGAGCCUCAAGUUCGUUCGGUCGCUGUUUCCUAACUUCGUACUCCGCAGGCAGCCUUAUCCGAACCCCAUUCCAUUCAUAGAGCUGCAGCACUUCGAGGAUUCUAUUGACAUUCACUUCAUCGCCGCAAGCACGAUCACGGCAGUGCAACAGGGAAGAUAUCAGGAUAUAGAUGUGGAUAACGUCCCCCUCACACUGACGAUCUCCCGCAGUCCCUUAUUGAUCCCACCACACAGACUCAGCGCCGGCCGGUGCUCUACCAGGCAGUGUCAACAAGCUGGAGAACUGGUGUCAUCUUCGAAGCCAAGGAUUUCUUCUGGUCCAGACCGCAGGGAUCUCCAUCACACUGUCCUCGAUCAAUACGCGAUCAACCACCUAACGGGAUUGUGCGGAUUCGACAAAGCCAAGGUAUCGGUCAAGGACUUUGUGUGGGUGUAUGACCUGAAGCCCAUUCGGCAAGCCCUUCGGGAACCCGAGGAGGCCCUCACCGCGUCGCGAUACCCCCGCACUACAGCGCUCCACAUGAACUCCGCUCACUUUUUCCGCGCGGAAUCAUUCGCUUUUGUGACGCCAGUAACGCUCCCGGAACCGAUCCUCGAGGACAUUAGGGAAGACAAUUUCGUGAUGGCUAACUCACGGGCGAACGUAUCCUGCGCUAUGCGUUUUUCGAAACCGCCGGCAUUCCCCGAGGCCCGUACAGCUCUGUACAGACUGGUCCGCCAGUUCCUCCCCAUGCACCCCGACGAAGGUUCUUGGGUCGAGUACCAUUUGUCGAGCGAAGAUAGCCUGCGUCGAAAUCCUUUCCGACCAACCCGCUCUAAGCGUCACUAUAGAAGCGUUUAUUUGGUUACACCGCAGUAUCAACGACGCGCUUCACAGGUACGGUCACCACGGUGGCACGCUCACCUUUGUUGUAAUAGACGUGCACCUCGGCAGACAGACCAACCGCGCCGACCCUAUUCACGAAGCCAUCGCGCAUAUGCAGACCAUCGCCGAUUUGAGUCGCGGGAUCCCAAGAUGCUCCAAUGGACCAGGCGGAGGCCGGCGACCCUAUCGUGGUCUCGCUCCAUCCUAUCAGAUUCGAGGAGCAACUAUGGUUCUGACUAA